GCAAAGCUGCCGCGAGGCUCCGUUUGGCUUGGUGGCUGCAACGACAAAGGCUGCUGACAUGACUUGCCGCCUUGCGUGGUUCGGCAAGAGUUCUCAAAAAGGUAUGUCUUGGUCCAACGCCCCCACUUCGGCAUUACAACAAACUCUGUGGCUCCGGCUGUCCGGGCCUUGUGUGUGGUGCCCAAAAUAGCUCCCUGAAUAUAAAAGCAGAGAGUAUCUGGGCCUCAUGCCAUCCUCUUGCUCCCUUGCGCAAUCGCGAACGACAUGCCUGGCUCCCUGGGACGCAGUCCUCGGUCGUCAAUGACGAUUGUCGACGCAGGUCUGCCACGCACCGAUUCUGACGCAACAAAACGUGAACGAUCCCAGCUCAGAGCCCAAGAUCUGCCCAGAGAACCCGAGGAGAUCAGCUGGGACGGGCCCAACGAUCCCGAAAAUCCGCAGAACUAGACGGACCGCAAAAAGUGGUGGAUCACAUUUCUUUGUGUAAUAGCGACCUUGAAUGUUACAUUUGCUUCUUCUGCACCGAGCUCGGCAUUGGAGUUCAUCCGCGCCGAAUAUGGGAUCUCUGCCGAAGUUUCUUAUCUUGUCACAUCCGUGUUCCUCCUGGGAUAUGUACUCGGCCCGCUUGUGUGGGGACCCGGAAGCGAGUUGUUGGGUCGCCGACCUGUAUACACCUUUGCCAUGGUCGUGUAUACUAUCCUCCACCUCGGGGAAGCACUGGCCCGAAACAUUGAAACGAUGCUCGUCACGCGGUUUCUCGGCGGCCUCUUCGCCUGUGCUCCCUUGGUCAACUCGGGGGCGUCCUCGCCGACAUCUGGUCCACAGAGAAACGCGGCACGGCGAUGAGCUCUUCUCCGCCAGCGCAUUUCUCGGUCCAGUCAUGGGCCCCCUCAUCGCAGUCUUCAUCGUCGAGAGUGACCUGUCGUGGCGAUGGGUGUUUCUGGGUCAUGAUGAUAUUUGCGGGAUCCAGCACUGCGCUCAUCAUCUUUGGAUUGCCGGAAACGUUUGCACCAGUUUUUGCUGUCAAAGAGGUUCGUGCGCAGCGCAAAGGAGAGCCAGAAGCAUUGGGCCACCUACGGGCGCAUGAGAACCGGACUGGUCUGCGAUGGGCCUCAUCCGCUCGGCUCUUUCGCCCGUUCAUCAUGCUCGCUGGCGAGCCCAUCUGGUUUUCUCGUCACGGCUUAUAUCUCGCUCAUCUACGGUGUUCUCUACGCUCGUGAGUCG